AUGGGGAAGAAUAGCACUGACCAUAGCAGCUUUGUGAACAGAUCUUUCUUGGAGAGCACCAGACUCUUUGAGCCAAAGGAUGGAGACGGCAACCAGACUAUCCUCCACACCCGAGACGAAGAACUUGCCAAGGCUGAGAUUGGGGUCCUGGCAGCCAUCCUGGUGGUGACCCUGGUGGGGAACCUGGGUGUCCUUCUGGCCAUGUACCGGCUAAGGAAGAAGAUGAGCCGCAUGCACCUUUUCAUCCUGCACCUGGGCCUGACCGACCUUGGGGUGGCGCUCUUCCAGGUCCUUCCGCAAAUGAUCUGGGAGGUGACCUAUCGCUUCCAGGGGCCGGAUCCUCUUUGCAAGGCUGUCAAGUACCUGCAGGUGCUCAGCAUGUUUGCCUCUACCUACAUGCUCAUUGCUAUGACUCUGGACCGCUAUAUGGCGGUGUGCCACCCGCUGCGCACCCUGCAGCAGCCCAGCUGCCAGGCUUACCAGAUGAUCGGGGUCACUUGGCUGCUCAGCUGCCUGCUCAGCUUGCCUCAGAUCUUCAUCUUCUCUCUGAGGGAGGUGCAGCAAGGCACUGGCGUGCUGGACUGCUGGGCGGAAUUCAAGUAUCCCUGGGGGGCCAAAGCCUACAUCACGUGGAUGACCUUGUGCGUCUUCGUGCUGCCCGUGGCCAUCCUCACUGUCUGCUACAGCCUCAUUUGCCACAAGAUCUGCAAGAACCUUCGAGGGAAGACGCAGAGCUGCGGUCCUUGUCCUGCCCCUACGACUGCUGCUGCUGCUGCUAUUUCUUAUACAGCCACCGUUCAUAAGGGAGAAGAGUGCCAGUCCGGUUCCCGGGUCAGCAGCGUGCGCACCAUCUCGAGGGCAAAGAUCCGCACUGUGAAGAUGACCUUUGUCAUAGUGCUGGCCUAUGUCGCUUGCUGGGCUCCCUUCUUCAGUAUGCAGAUGUGGUCGGUGUGGGACAGGAAUGCCCCGAAUGACGAGUCCAGCAAUGCAACUUACACCAUCACAAUGUUACUUGCCAGCCUCAGCAGCUGCUGCAACCCCUGGAUUUACAUGUUCUUCAGCGGACAUCUUCUUCAUGAUAUCAUGCACUUUUUCUCCUGCUGUGGGAACCUUCACUCCAACCUCAAGAGGCAGUUCUCCAAUGGCAGCCUCUGCAGCCGGAAAACCACUAUCUUGACUCACAGCCCACAGAGCACCCUGGUUGCGGCUGGUGCCGGUGUUCAGCUACAACUGGGGAGCUUGAGAGAUUUCUACCAGCCCUAUGAGGAGGACACAGUGACUGAAUCAAGGGAGCUCUAG